AUGGGCCCAGUUUGUGGCUCCUAUAAGGAGCAGUGCCUGAAGGGCAUCCUCGCCAUCGUAGAGAUACCUCCAGCCUGGGUGUUGUCCGGGGGAUACGAAACCUUUAACUCGCAAUAUCCUGAGUGCUGCGUGGAUGGAAAGCUCAUUUCCCCAGAGAGGACCGAAGCAGAGAGAAACCUUGCCAGCCACUGUGAGAAGCAGAGUGCCAACCACAAACCCGCUUACGAUGAGGGCGGGCCAGUGGAAAUUCUGCCUUUUCUCUACCUUGGUAGUGCCUAUCACGCUUCUAAGUGCGAGUUUCUCGCCAACCUGCACAUCACGGCCCUGCUCAACGUCUCCAGGAAAAGCUCAGAGUCCUUCAAAGACCAGUAUUGCUACAAGUGGAUACCAGUGGAGGACAGCCACACGGCAGACAUCAGCUCACACUUUCAGGAAGCCAUCGACUUCAUUGACUAUGUCAGACGAACAGGGGGCAAGAUCCUGGUGCACUGUGAAGCAGGGAUUUCACGCUCUCCCACCAUCUGCAUGGCAUAUCUCAUGAAGACAAAGAAGCUCUGCCUGGAGGAAGCCUUCGACUACAUCAAGCAGCGUCGGAGCCUGAUCUCACCAAACUUUGGUUUCAUGGGCCAGUUGCUACAAUACGAGUCGGAGAUCUUGUCUUCCACUCCCAGCCCCGCCGUUGCCUCCUGCAAAAGAGAAGCUGCGUCUUUCUUUGCAGAAGAACUGACAUUAGGCAAAAACUUUGAAGGCUCAUGUUUCGGCUUUCCUACCUCAGUGUUGAGUUCUGUGCCCAUCCACUCUCCUGUCCACCAGCUGAAACUCAGCCCGAUGACGGCAUUGAACACCCUGGGGAGACUGGAGCUGGUGUGGUCCUCUGAUCCAAACUGUGACUCCAACAAGAACAUUUCAUGA